AUGGGUUUAGGUCCCGAAGGGCUAAAAGAAAAAGAAACGUCUUCUGGUGCAGGAAUGAGGACCCUUGAAUCAAUGGUGCUGUUGCUACUGAUGGUGGUAUUUUUUGGGUACAUGAUGAUUUGGAUCAUGAUGCCCACCAAUACUUUCUACCUGAAUUGGUUUCCUCACAUUCUUAAAAAAACUGAUUCUACCUAUUUGGAGAAACAAGGUGCAGAGGUGCUUAUCUACCCAUUCCCCAUCCUAUUUAUAGCAACUGUGGGCUGCUUUUUGCUUCACAGGAGAAAGAAGAAAGCUCAUGAGAACAACCAAAGGGUGCAAUGGUCAUUUUGGGCAUCAUGGAAGAGACCGGCGCUGGUGAAAGGUCCUCUUGGGAUUGUUUCUUGGAUAGAGCUAUCCUUUGUGGUGAUGGUCAUUGCACUACUUGUCUGGUCCAUCUCUUCGUAUCUGCAUAAUAUGUUUGCAACCGCACACGCCGCAGUCAAGGGAGAGCAAGUGUGGGAAACAAAGUUAUCAAUUGUAGCACUAGCACUAGGCCUAGUUGGAAACUUCUGUCUAUCCCUUCUCUUCUUCCCUGUAAGCAGAGGCUCUUCCAUUUUGCAGCUCAUUGGCCUCACAUCAGAGGCAAGCAUCAAGUAUCAUAUCUGGCUGGGACACCUUGUCAUGACCCUCUUCACGGCUCACGGCCUCUGUUACAUCAUAUAUUGGGCCAACACAAGCCAAAUCUUCUUGAUGUUCAACUGGGACAACUUUGCCAUUUGCAAUUUGGCUGGAGAAAUCGCUCUGCUCGCCGGAUUAGCCAUGUGGGCUACAAGCUUCCCUCGCAUACGCCGCAAGAUGUUUGAGCUCUUCUUCUACACUCAUCAUCUCUACAUCGUCUUUGUUGUCUUCUACGUGUUUCAUGUGAAGUUCUCCUAUGCUUGCACAAUGCUCCCAGGCUUUUACCUCUUCAUCAUCGAUAGGUUCUUGCGUUUCUUGCAAUCACAACAAAGAAUUCGUCUGGUUUCGGCACGUGUUCUUCCAUGUGAGGCUGUUGAGUUGAACUUCUCCAAGAACCCAGGACUCAGUUAUUCUCCAACAAGCAUGCUGUUUGUAAAUGUACCUAGCAUUUCAAAGCUGCAAUGGCAUCCUUUUAGUGUUACUUCCAGCAGCAAAUUGGAUGCUGACAAGCUUAGCGUUGUCAUCAAAAGCGAAGGAAAUUGGUCUCAAAACUUGUAUCAGAAGUUGUCAUCCACUCAGCCCAUAGACCGCCUACAAGUCUCAGUUGAAGGACCCUAUGGACCUGUCUCAAACGACAUGCUAAGGCACGACACGAUCGUGAUGGUGAGUGGAGGAAGUGGCAUUACUCCCUUGAUAUCGAUCAUCCGGGAGCUCCUCUUUCGGGCCAAUAACUCAGGCACUAAGACCCCACAGAUUCUGCUCAUAUGUGCUUUCAGGAAAUCACUGGACCUCACCAUGUUAAACCUCAUCCUCCCAGUUUCAGGCACAGAUUUGGACAUUUCUUGCUUGCAAUUACAAAUUGAAGCUUAUGUGACAAGAGAGAGAGAACCCACAUCAAAUUCCCACAAGCACUUCCAAACAAUAUGUUUCAAGCCAGACCCUUUAGAUGUACCAGUUUCUGCAAUUCUAGGCCAAAACAGCUGGCUUUGGCUUGCAAUGAUAAUAUCUUCCUCUUUUGUUAUCUUCCUUGUGCUCCUGGGCAUCCUCACACGAUUUUACAUAUACCCAAAUGAGCAUGACUAUAAGAUGAUGUACUCUGAGUCUUCUAGAUCUGCUUUAAGCAUGUUACUCUUAUGUGUCUCCAUAGCCACAACUGCAACAGCAGGGUUUCUAUGGAACAAGAAACAGAGUGUCAAGGAGAUGGGACAGAUUCAAGCCAUAGACACAUCCACGCCGAUAACUACUUCACCAAGCGCAUGCUACUCCGGUGGUGAUCAAGAGCUUGAAAGCCUUCCCCAUUGGUCCUUUGUCGAAUCCACAAAGGUGUACUAUGAUAGAAGACCUGAUCUUAAAGGCAUAUUGUCUGAUUGUGAAGGUUCAAGCAUUGGGGUCCUUGUUAGUGGCCCAAGGAGGAUGAGGCAAGAAGUGGCUGCAAUAUGUUCAUCGGGCUUGGUCAACAACAAUUUACAUUACCAUUCCAUGAGCUUCAGUUGGUAAAACUGAGAUACUAGACACAGAAA